AUGCUACUUCCGAGCCCCUGGUCCCUAUUCAAGGGCUCGCUGGUCGCGCUCCUUGCCGCCCCGGCGUAUGCAAUUACAUUGGAUAUCUCCAGUGAGGAAUCUAUCAAAAGUGCCGCAAGUAUCUCAGCAAAGGCAAUGAUGAGCUACUAUAAAGGGAAUCUACCAGGUCAUAUCCCUGGAGCUUUUGCUAGUAAAUGGUGGGAAGGAGGAGCACUAUUUCUAGCAACCCUCCAGUAUUGGCAUUUCACAGGCGAUACGACCUACAAUGAAGAAACGCGCAUCGGAAUGCAGUGGCAAGCAGGUGAUGAUAACUUCUAUCCCAGUAAUUAUAGUGCUUAUCUGGGAAAUGAUGACCAGAUGUUCUGGGGCCUGGCAGGAAUGACAGCCGCAGAGCUAAAGUUCGCCGAUGACUCUACUGGCUAUUCAUGGCUCUCGCUGGCGCAGGGUGUAUUCAAUGCGCAGAUUGACCGGUGGGACACCACUGCCUGCGAUGGUGGUAUGCGCUGGCAGAUCCAUUCAUGGGAAUCUGGGUAUACGCUGAAGAACUCAAUUUCUAAUGGUGGUUUGUUUCAGUUGGCUGCUCGACUUGCUCGUUAUACUGGUGACUCUCUCUAUACUGAGUGGGCUAAUAAGAUCUGGAACUGGUCGGCCAAUUCACCACUGCUCAACAAUUCAACUUGGAAUGUUGCUGAUUCUACUGAGAUGGAGAAUGACUGCGCUACUCAGGGUGAUACGCAGUGGUCGUAUAACUAUGGGACUUAUAUGAUGGGGGCUGCAUAUAUGUAUAACUAUACCAAUGGGAGCUCUACCUGGUUAAAGGCAGUGGAUGGUCUUUUAAAUAAAACCUUCGACCACUUUAUUGUCAAUGGAGUCCUGAAGGAAGUGACAUGUGAGCCAUCAGAAGAGUGCAACGACAACGAGAUUCUAUUCAAGGGACUCGUGUCAUCGUGGCUAUCAUUCACGGCACUUCUGGUCCCGUCAACUUAUGACAGAAUCCUCACGAAGCUGCAGAAUUCUGCCAAAGCUGCCGCACUGUCCUGCACCGGCCACAGCAACAACACCUGUGGAGUGCGCUGGUAUCUGUCAAAAUACGAUGGAUGGAUGGGAAUGGAGGAGGAGAUUGCAGCCACCAACAUCUUCGUUGCGAACAUGAUAGCUUUCUCUAAUUCGGCUCCUGUCACUUCCACAACCGGUGGAAACAGUACUAGUAAUACUAAUGCUGGAAAAACCAACGAGACGUCGGACUAUGUGAUGUCUACCAUCACCUCUGGUGAUAAAGCAGGUGCUGCUAUUUUGGCGGUUGUUCUUACCGUUGGGGCUAUGGCCUCGAUGGGCUGGCUUGUUAUGGGAAGCGAUUAA